AUGACUGCUUCCAGAUCUCCCUCCCCGGAGUUCUCUCCCCUAGCAAUUGGAAUUGAUCUGGCUCCUCUUCCAACCUACAAAGCGGCCACAACCAGCACCGUAAACUUUUCCGGUCUUCUCGAGCCCCCAUUAAAACUACACGAAGAUCUCUCAAAAGGAUGUGGAGGUCAACUUUGGCCUGCGGGUAUGGUGCUUGCGCAGCAUAUGCUGCGGUAUCACAAAGAUACUUUGAAGGAUGCUAAGAUACUCGAACUUGGGGCUGGAGGUGGAUUAGUUGGGUUAGCCGUAGCUCUAGCAUGUGAUCUUCAACAUCCAUUAAUCCUUUCCGACAUGGAAGUUAUGUACGAACUCAUGAAGCAAAACAUUGCUCUUAACGAAGUAUCCUCGAAAGUCGAACCGCUGAUCUUGAAUUGGGGUGAACCAUUACCAGAGCUAGUAGUGAAAGAUAAGCCAGAUGUUAUUUUAGCAGCUGAUUGCGUCUAUUUUGAACCCGCGUUUCCAUUACUACUUCAGACGCUCGAAGAGCUAUUAGGAUUAUCAAAGGAUGCGGUCAUUUACUUCUGUUUCAAGAAGAGAAGGAAGGCAGAUAUGCAGUUUAUGAAGAAAGCAAAGAAGAAGUUCCUGGUCGAGGAAAUUGAGGAUCAGGAUAGAGAUACUUUUACUCGGGAGGGUUUGUUCUUGUACACAUUCAAACGAAAAUCAUGA